AACGUCCCAGCAAAUACACGGCAAGGGAAAAUGGUGAACGUAGGCUACAAAGUUCUCUUUGCUCUGGCCAUCUGGACGAUGACUACAGAGGCCUUUCCCAAAGGCGCUGAGAGGACAAAAUGCCACCUCACAAAAUACAAGUCCCUGCCACCUCGGGAACUGGAGGCCUUCAAGAAAGCCAAGGACAAAUUUGAGGACAUGAUGCUGUUGUCAGACCGAAAAUGCAGCACCAGGAUUUUCCACCGGAACUGGGAAGUCAAAGAGCUGUCGGAGCACGACAGAGUCAUCCUGGUCGAGAAGGAGCUGGACUUUACCAUUAACGUGCUGGAGAACGUUGAGGACCCCAGUCUGUCCAAGCUGCUCUCAAGGCCUCUAGAAAUCCUGACGCAAAUCAGAGGGGACCUGAGGGGCUGCACCAGAGAAACUCAUUCUCAUCGACACUCCAGGAGGCUGAACAAUUGGCUCCAAAAUUUCCAUGAGAGCAAAGAGACGGAAACACCUGGCUGCCUGGAAGCAUCUGUGAUCCUCAAUCUCUUCCGACUGCUGAACGAAGACUUGAGAUGUGCAGCCUACAGGGAGCUCUGUGUGUAGCCAUCUGGUCUCUGCAGUGCCCGUG